ACGGUUUCGCGGUUUUUUUGCCACUCAAUUUGUUUUGACUAGUUUUUGUACUUAAAGUUCACAGUAAUGGAGGCAAUGGAAAUAGAUGAUAAUAUCCCUCAGUUGUACCAGCGUACGCCGGAGGACGUGAAGGCCAUUGUGAAGCAUGCGAAGCUGGACGAGCGCCAGCUGACACAACUGACUCAGGCUCUGUACUUUCCCUCGGCGGACGUGGAAUCCGACAACCUGCGGCUACUGGAGCUGGACGGGCACAUGCUGGAGCAAAUCCGCGAUGGCCAGACGCUGCACUUCAAGGGCGGCCAAAACGAGAAGGUGGUGCUCUGCACCGACGAGCGGACGUACGACGUAAAGGGGGCCGAGAUUUCCAACAGCUUAUUGUUGGUGCCGGACCUGAAGUUUGCGGCCGCCACCAGUACAUCGCCGCUGAAGAGUCCACGCACUGGCAAUGCCAAUGCUUCCCUAGAACGGAGCCUAAAUGACAGCACCGAGGAUGAGUUGGAGGUACCACGCACUCUGGAGCAGCGAUCGGUCCUCAAAGUGUUCCACGAGUAUUUCGAGUGCCGGGAGAUCAAGCCCCGCUUCCGCAAGCUGGGAGAACUGCUGCAAUUGACACGGUACUCGGGUCCGGAGAACGAGUUCUGUAUUGAGCGCAAACUGCUCUUCAGUCUGACCCAGCUGCUGGACACGGUGCAGUGCAGCCGGGCGCAGUUUAUGGAGGGCUUACGGCAGUAUCGGGCCAUGCAACUGGAGGGCCACAUGCGCGUUUUGGAGUACGAGUACGAGUAUCGAACAAUUAGUCUGAUGCUGGGACUCAUCAGCGAGAACUCCUGGGCCCUGGACGAAGUGGAAAGGGAGGAAACCAUCAGUGCCUUGAAGGGCAUUGCUCCGGAGGCGGUUGUGUCCGGACUAUUUGAUAUCUACACCAUUCCCAGCGAACGAUGCCCGGACAAGUUUCAGUACCAGGAGUCACUGGUUGCACGAAUCGUGGCACAAAAUAUUUUGCAACCAGGACUGCGGUUUCGCAACGAGGAAUUCAUGCGCACAUGGCAGGAGGCUCUGCCCGAGGGUAUGACUUGCCAGCUUAGCUAUCUUCGUGGCCUCGGUAUCUGUGAUAAGGAGGGCGCCCAGCCUUGUAUCCGUUCGCUGGCCGAGGAACAGCUGCCCACCAGUAUUAACGAUCGCAUGAAGGCCUUGUUUAAGACUAAGCAGAAAUGGACGUUGGAUGAGAUGGAGCCGUACAUGGAAUGUUUCACAACGCCAAGCUUGUCCGUAUCCACACUGCUGGCCAAGCAUGCUCGCUCUCUGACCGAAGGGGGCGUGCGGUACUACGUCUCGAAGCACUGAUGUAAGCAUCCCAUUCAAUUUUUUAUUAUUUUUAUCCUUUGUACGCAUCUAUUUAGUAAAAUUAGACCUAAGCUUGUCCUAGGCA